CGGGCGGAAUGGCCCGUAUAAAGAGUCACAUAGAUAGAGGCAGAUAAAGCACGGUCCACGGAACAGGUGAAUGUCGCGGACGGAGACAGACCAACGCCCGUGUACGCGUUUUUGUUGUUCGUCGCUUAUGUUCGCGGUGUGUGCCGAUUCGCGGAUACGUUCUCUCCGUUCGUCCGUUAUUUUACACAUCGUCUCCUUCCGCGAAAAAGUGUUCUUCCCAUGUUUCUUGUGCGGCCGGGUUUCCGGAAAUAACGUGUCUCCCUGUCGCGUAUAGUGAGCCGCAAGCGGCUCGUUUUCUUCUUCCCGUUUCUUUCAGUCCCUUCGUCGUUUCCUUUUCAUCCUUGCACGUCGUCGUUUCACCCUAAGCAAGAUCCACCUUUUCCUCUCUCGUAUUUUCUCCUCCCAACUUCUUUCAUCUUUCUUUCUCGUGCUCGUUUCCGCACACACAUUUCGUACAGAAAACCUUACCUACCAUCUCCAUCUUUUCUUAUCCUAUCUGUCCUCGGCAUCUCUCCUUCCUUCUCGCGCGCGCGCAUCUUUUCCGUUCGUGCGCGUAAAACCUCUUCUUGGAGAGAUAUCUUCUCCUGGCGACCGUGGCGGAAAAAGAAACCCAAUAUUUCAUGGAGACAGAUCGUUAUUGGGGCGUGCACUACAGUGGCGGCAUGGCCGGGCAGCAUUACUGCCUGCGCUGGAACAACUACCAGUCAAACAUGACGUCGGUGUUCCACCAGCUCCUGCAGAAUGAGGCCUUCGUCGAUGUCACCCUAGCAUGCAACGAGGCCUCCUUGAAAGCGCAUAAGGUGGUGCUGUCGGCCUGCAGUUCUUACUUUCAAAAUUUGCUGCUGUCAAAUCCUUGUAAACAUCCGACAAUUAUCAUGCCGCAGGACGUGUGCUUCAACGACCUCAAGUUCAUCAUCGAGUUCGUCUACCGCGGCGAGAUCGACGUCUCGCAAGCGGAGCUUCAGUCGCUGUUAAAGACGGCCGAUCAGCUGAAGAUCAAGGGCUUGUGCGAGGUGCCGGAAAACAGAGACGGUCCGCAACCUGUCACAAGUCUGAGCUCGCCACCGAGAGAAUCCGGCACCCCGAGAUUGAAUUACACGAAGCUGAAGAAGCAUCAUCAUCAUCAGCGGUACAAGAGACCUAGAAUCGAGCGGUCGACGUUUGAGCCGCGUGCCACCGAUCCGAGACACUACGAACGUUACAAAGAGGAGGAGGGCAACAACGAUUACAGCCGCGAUAACAAAGAGAACCAUCGGGACUGGCAAGCCGAAGAUGAAGAGUGCACGGAGACAGCAACAGCAGCAGUAGCACUGGAAAAUUGCCAACGUAGUAGUAACAGUAGCAACAACAAUAACAAUAACAACGGUAACGGCGCGAAUAACAACGGUGACAUGUUCUGUCACACAGGGCUAGGUCACUACGGCCAUCAUCCGGAUCCCGGAGAAGUCGAUUUACCCCCCGAGACUCAACCUACCCCUCCUAGCGCCACCUUAGUAGGCACCACCAUCACCCACCUGAGAGAUCCGGAUCAUCAUUCUACAGAGAUUCAAAACUGCGACAACGUCAAGAUCAAGUUCGAAACGUUACACACAAUGGAUUCUUCGGACACGAUCGAUAUAGACAGCCACAUGUCAGACCGAGCGAGUGUGAGCUCGAAAAACGCAGCUGACAGUGACAACAUGAUGAUGAUAACACCGGAAUUACUCGGACUUAUGCCGUCGGGAAGCUCUGGUCAAUCGGACUCCGGUGAGAACAACUCGAGGGGACACAGUGGGCAGUCCAGCUCGCAUCACCAUGGCUCGAAAUCGUGGACACAAGAAGAUAUGGACGCGGCAUUGGACGCGUUAAGAAAUCACGACAUGAGUCUGACGAAAGCGUCAGCAACCUUUGGUAUUCCUUCGACAACUUUAUGGCAACGAGCACAUCGGUUAGGAAUCGAUACACCGAAGAAAGAUGGUCCAACAAAAUCUUGGAGUGACGAGAGCUUGAACAAUGCUUUAGAAGCGUUACGCACUGGCACGAUCUCGGCCAAUAAAGCGUCAAAGGCGUUUGGUAUACCUUCUAGUACGUUGUACAAAAUUGCCAGGAGAGAAGGCAUCAGGCUGGCAGCACCGUUCAAUGCAAGUCCUACCACGUGGACACCUGCCGACCUCGAUCGUGCUUUAGAAGCUAUUAGAUCCGGCCAGACGUCCGUACAAAGAGCGUCAACGGAAUUUGGUAUUCCCACAGGUACGCUAUACGGAAGGUGCAAACGAGAAGGAAUUGAGCUUAGCAGAAGCAAUCCUACACCGUGGAGUGAAGAUGCUAUGACCGAAGCUCUCGAGGCCGUCAGAUUAGGACACAUGAGCAUCAAUCAAGCAGCAAUCCACUACAAUCUACCGUAUUCGUCGCUAUACGGACGUUUCAAGAGGGGCAAAUACGAAGAGCCGGUCGUCAGUGAAAUCUCACAGGAUGGCAGCAGUCCGCAUUUUCACCAGAGUCCCAGUCAGAAUCACUCGUCCGCCCUUCCGGAUCAAAUGCCUUAUCCGGGCAGCUGAAACUUACCUCUUUAUUAGAGUAUUAAGUUAGCUUAAGUUCCGAAGUUUCGAUUCGUCGAUGCUACUUACGCUGUUCGGACAGUUCUUCAACAGACACGCGCGGGAAGAAUCCUAAGAGAUUAGAGGCCGAUCAAAGAGAACGCCAUUAUGAAAAUAUAUAUGAAAACACACUUAUGGAUCUAUGAUAUAUAAUAUAA